ACACCCUAUUUAUAAUCACUCUCUCUCUCUCAAUCUCAGUCACCCCCACCCCUAUUAUACAUAUUCUUUGCUUGUCAGAACCUUUUCGACUUUCCACGGUUUCCGGCCAAGCGCGAUGGAUCGCAAAACGGGUUUUCUACUCGCAUUCAUCUGCCUCGUGGCGCCUACCGUCGGCGGUCAGUCUCCGGCCUCUGCACCCUCCGCUUCCACUGUUUCCACCCCACCUGCGUCUUCACCUAAAGCAACUCCACCCACCCACCAGACUUCCCCAACUCCUGUAGCGGCUCCCGUCUCAACCCCCCCGACUUCAGCUCCAGUCGCGACUCCCCCUGCUUCUGCCCCAGUCUCAAGUCCUCCCGCUUCAACUCCAGUCAGCUCUCCACCGACUCCGGCGCCAGUCAGCUCCCCUCCAGCUCCUGAGCCAGUCAGCUCGCCACCGACAGCUGCUCCUGUUCAGUCGCCACCAUCCCCAGCUCCCGAGGCCGCGACUCCACCAGCCGAGUCCUCUCCUCCAGCUCCGGCUUCCGCCCCACCCACCGAGACGCCGGCGAAGGCACCUGCUCCCAGCAAGAAGAAGAGCAAGAAGCACAGUGCACCUGCUCCAGCACCCGAACUACUCGGCCCACCCGCACCACCAGUCGGAGCCCCCGGACCCAGUGCUGAAUCCAUUUCUCCUAGCCCGGUGUCACUUAACGACGAGAGUGGAGCAUCUGAAUUGAAGAAUGUGGUGGGCAGUUUGGUAAUGUUUGGGUUUGGGUGGCUCUUCUUUUUCUAGACAAGUUGUUGGAAUGGAAUUAGAGCAUUGAUCCGCAGGGGCAAUGGUGCAUGAAUUGGAUGGAUUCAGCGGUCGGCGGGCUUCGGGAUUUCCCACGUUUUGGCUCUUCUCUUCUGUUGUAUUCUUUGUUUGAGGCGCACACUUUUCACCUUUCUUUUGUUUUUUUUUUUUUUUAUUUCUUCUUUAAAUUAGUAUUCUCUGUAUGACAUCUGACAUUUAUUGUACCUUAAUUUAUUUCGUUGAUCCUCAUUUAUUAAUUAUUAAUAA